GCGCGAUGUCGGUGCCGCUGCUCAAGAUCGGGGUUGUGCUGAGCACCAUGGCCAUGAUCACCAACUGGAUGUCCCAGACGCUGCCCUCGCUGGUGGGCCUCAACACCACCAAGCUCUCGGCGGCCAGCGGCGGGACGCUCGACCGCAGCACCGGCGUGCUGCCCACCAACCCUGAGGAGAGCUGGCAGGUGUACAGCUCCGCCCAGGACAGCGAGGGCAGGUGUAUCUGCACCGUGGUCGCCCCCCAGCAGACCAUGUGUUCACGGGAUGCCCGCACGAAACAGCUGAGGCAGCUGCUGGAGAAGGUGCAAAACAUGUCCCAGUCCAUAGAGGUCCUGGACCGGCGGACCCAGAGGGACUUGCAGUACGUGGAGAAGAUGGAGAACCAGAUGAAAGGGCUGGAGUCCAAGUUCAAGCAGGUGGAGGAGAGUCAUAAGCAGCACCUGGCCAGGCAGUUCAAGGCGAUAAAAGCGAAAAUGGAUGAACUUAGGCCUUUGAUACCUGUGUUGGAAGAGUACAAGGCCGAUGCCAAAUUGGUUUUGCAGUUUAAAGAGGAGGUCCAGAAUCUGACGUCAGUGCUUAACGAGCUGCAAGAGGAAAUUGGCGCCUAUGACUACGAUGAACUCCAGAGCAGAGUGUCCAAUCUUGAGGAGAGGCUCCGUGCGUGCAUGCAAAAGCUAGCCUGCGGCAAGCUGACGGGCAUAAGUGACCCCGUGACCAUCAAGACUUCCGGCUCGAGGUUCGGGUCCUGGAUGACAGACCCUCUGGCCCCAGAAGGUGACAACAGGGUCUGGUACAUGGACGGCUACCACAACAACCGCUUCGUGCGCGAGUACAAGUCCAUGGCCGACUUCAUGACCACGGAGAACUUCACGUCGCACCGCCUGCCGCACCCCUGGUCCGGCACCGGGCAGGUGGUGUACAACGGGUCCAUCUACUUCAACAAGUUCCAGAGCCACAUCGUCAUCCGGUUCGACCUGCAGACGGAGACCAUCUUGAAGCAGCGCAGCCUGGACUACGCCGGUUACAACAACAUGUACCACUACGCCUGGGGCGGCCACUCGGACAUCGACCUCAUGGUGGACGAGAACGGGCUGUGGGCCGUCUACGCCACCAACCAGAACGCCGGCAACAUCGUCAUCAGCAAGCUGGACCCCGUGUCCUUGCAGGCGCUGCAGACCUGGAACACCAGCUACCCCAAGCGCAGCGCCGGCGAGGCCUUCAUCAUCUGCGGCACCCUGUACGUCACCAACGGCUACUCGGGCGGCACCAAGGUCCACUACGCCUACCAGACCAACGCCUCCACCUACGAGUACAUCGACAUCCCCUUCCAGAACAAGUACUCCCACAUCUCCAUGCUGGACUACAACCCCAAGGACCGCGCCCUGUACGCCUGGAACAACGGCCACCAGAUCCUCUACAACGUCACCCUCUUCCACGUCAUCCGGUCUGACGAGUUGUAGUUGCCUCUGCCCGGCAGCCGAGGGUCCGGGUCCUCGCCCCCGCGGAACCGCUGCCGCGGCAACGAUGCGAGUCGCACCGACUGGGGGGGCGCGGCAGCAGGGGGCAGCCCGGCACCCCGCGACGACGGCAUGACCUCCGUGGUCCUCCGGCUCAGGCCGGGGGGCGACAGACUCGGGAAGGAACCCCCCCACUUUGCAGCUGGAACUGCAGCCAGGGCUCCCCUCGCCGCCCCGCCCCCUUUCCGGUCAAAUGACAUACUCGAGAAGCAAGGCAGUGUCUGUUGGCCAGUUCUCGCCCGAGGACAGCCCGCCGUGAGGAUCGCAUGGACCCUUCCUUCGAUCGCGGUCAGCGCCGAUGGACGGGCUGGCGUGUCUCCCGGGGCCCCCCGGUCGCGCUCGGCGUCCGGCGGGCACUGGCUCGUCCAGCUCGUCCCCCAAAACAGCCGCUGCCCCUCGACCGUGUGUUGUCGUAGAUUACCGUGCUGAGACCCCAGUAGCCGUGCCCCCGUGUCUAGUACCUGCCGCGGUGGCGGGUGUGCGUGGUGCGGACCGGGCAGUGCCCGCCGCGCCCGCCUCCCGCCGUGGUGUAUUGUGCAGCGUGCGUGUGUCUUGUUUCCUUGAGGUGGUGACUCUGUCCGUCGCUGUGUGCAAAUGCUGUAGUUCGGAUCAGCACGUGGGUGGGUUUUGUUGCUAAAAAGAAAAAUAAUAAUCAGUGUUCACCCCUAGAGAGAGAGAACCGAGUUCGUGUUGGUGGUCAUCGCAGGGACAGUCCUCCUCCAGCCCCGUUGCCCAACCCCUGUCACCGCGGAUGAGAAGGGCUUGUCGGGGGGACCUCGGCUUCCGAAGGGACAGGAGCGUUCCCGAGGGCACCAGUGUGCGGAACGUACACUUUUUAGGUACAAAAGAGGGGAACUUUGUACUCUCCAGUUAUCUAAGGAACAAUAAACAUAU